AUGGAUUUGGGUCUAGAAAACAAAAAAAUACUUGAAUUUUUGGAGUUAGUCGGGCGCCUUAAGCAUAUCAAAAGGACUGGAUGGGUAUUAUGUGAUAUAGAAAACUGUGAGACCAUAGCUGGUCAUAUGUACCGCAUGGGCCUGAUGACCUUCCUGCUUACAGAAAAAAAUAAUCCAACUAACCUUGAUCGUUUCAAAUGUUUACAAAUAGUAUUGAUACAUGACUUAGCAGAAUGUAUCGUGGGUGAUUUAACCCCACACUGUGGUGUGACACCAGACGAGAAACAUAGAAGAGAGGAUGAAGCGAUGAAGACAAUCGCUGAACUCACUGGUUUGGCUGGAGAUAGAAUGUAUGAGAUAUAUAAAGAGUAUGAAAACCAAAGUUCGCCAGAAGCUAAGUUCGCCAAAGAUCUUGAUCGUUAUGACAUGAUUUUGCAAGCAUUUGAAUAUGAAAAACGCGAAAAUAAACCAAAAAAGCUUGAAGAAUUCUUUCAGGCAACUUAUGGAACAUUUAAUCACCCUUUUAUACAAGGUUUAGCAAAAGAACUGUAUAAACAAAGAGAAGAAUUUGAAAAACAAUCUAUUAAUAUAGAUUGA